AUGACUACAGUGUACGAUGAUGAUGUGAAUCUAAUCGGUGCAUCUGGAGCCGUUUAUGCAAUGUUGGCUGCAUAUAUUGUAUGUAUUCUGUUUAGUGAUACAUACAAAAUUGGUGCAGUCUGUUGGAUAACUGCAGCUGUUGUUGUCGCUAUUUGUGAUACAGUUUUCGCCGUCAGUACCGAAUAUCAUGCCAACAACUUCCUUGGCGCUCGAACAGCUUAUGCAGCACAUUUUGGUGGAGCAAUUACUGGUAAUUUAAAAAGAAAAUAUCUAAACUGUACCUACCAAUUUUUUUAGUA